AUGGACACCACCACCAACCUUUUUAACCCUCGCGAUCUUUACAACCCGAUAACGCUCACACAGCGCCAGCAGCGCACUCUUCCUCUCCGGUCAGCCACGGCGACACCUGCAUCGGACGACGCAUCCCCCACUCCGUCUUCUCAGAGAACUCUCCGUCGAACACCGCGCUUUCAAGCCACCCGUAGUCCGAGCCCGACUCCGAGCCCAUCCCGCUCUUCGCGCCGCAUUCACCUCGAGGCCGCCAGCAUUGGCAUCGCACCCCAACCCAUCUUCUCGACCGCUAGUCCCCCCGGACUUGGACAACCCUAUCAACCACACGAGAGCUUUCGGCAACGCCUUUCACAAGAUAGCAGCGACGAUCUCAACGAAGACACAUUCCCACCCCAGCCGUCAUUUAUCCCCGAACGGACCUCCUCCUUAUCCCACUCUAAUCCCCUCCGUCUUUCUCGACACACAAAGAGCGCUAUCCUUUGGGCUCUCGAGGAAGCUCUAAGACAACCGUAUUCUUUCUCCCCAGACCUGGACGAAGAAAACGCUUCGAUGGCGGAUCUACUGAGCGGCGGCGUCGGCCCCGCUACUUCCAAUGGUCAUGUCGUGCCAUCAUCACGACCUACCGUACCUUCUCAAACUGGCUCCCCCCAGCAAGUGAUCCGUGGCCCUAGGAUGAUCAUGCGUGAACGUGCUGAACGGGAGGCAAGACAAAAGGCCGAGAGAGAGCAGAUGGAACGUGCUCGCGCUGAAGAGGAGGCGCGUAUGCUUGAGGAGAUGCGUCGACAGAAUGCCGAAAGGAGAAGUGCUGCUGCUGGCGCUGCACCCGGUGGUAACGUAGCCACCGACCCAGCCACACAACGUAGGCAAAAACGGGCUCAAGAGUCCCAGGGUGGUCCUCAGGUACAGCCCGGGAAUCCCCCACAAGCGGACGUGUCGCAACCUUUGCGCCCAGCUCGCACCGGUCAACCAAAUCAGGCGCCCCAGGGCUUCACACCGGCCACUGGGACUGGCGGUGCAGGCGAGCCGUCAGCGCCGAAUGCCGGUACCAGAGUGAAGAACUCGUUCCCUCAUGCUUUUGAGCGAUGGGAAGCCCUGUCAGCGCACUGGGAGGGAAUGACCAGCUUUUGGAUACGUAAACUCCAGGAGAAUACCGAAGAGUUCGACCGAAACCCGAUCUCUUCUCAGCUAUCCAGACAGGUCAGCGACCUAUCAGCAGCAGGUGCCAACCUCUUUCAUGCCGUCGUUGAGCUGCAAAGGCUACGCGCCAGUUCCGAGAGGAAGUUCCAGCGCUGGUUCUUCGAAACGCGGUCAGAUAUUGAGCGCCUGCAGGAGACUAACGCCAUGCUCGAGAACGCCUUGGAAGAGGAACGGCGAAGCAGAGCUGAAGUCGCCCGUCAAGCUCAGGAGCAGGAGCGCGAGAGUGCGAAGACUCAGAAAUUACUUACCGAGAUGCGGAAAGAGUUAUCAAUCUCGAAAGACGAGGCUCGUCGUGCAUGGGAGGAACUUGGUCGUCGAGAACAGGAAGAAAGGGACCGCACACUUUCUCUUCAGCAGGGCCAUCCAACAAUAGUCGGCGGCGUCCAGGUCGUGCCGAUGACGCAGGGUGUUCCUAAUCGCCAAGCGAGCACGCGGGAACAUCAGAGAACCCAAUCCGAUACUUCCGACUAUGUCGCCGCACAAAAUCCGCAGUACCCUCAGUAUACUCAAGGGUCCGCUGCCCAACCGAACACGACUGCCGCUGGCCAACCAAGUGGCGGAUAUUACCAGCAACAACCCGAUACCUCCACGCAACCACCUGGAGAGUAUGGGGCGGGUUCAGAAGCAGGCUAUGACGAAGCACCCGCCCCGGAAGAAGCUCACCAAUCUGACCAGGCGACAGAGGAUUUUGAAACCCCUACCUCGAAUCCUGCGACCAACUAUCCCCCGUCGAGUUCGCAAUACGGCGGCACGUACCCUGAACCAUCCGGAUAUGGAGGGCAAGGCUACGCAGCGCCUGGAUGGGAAACGAUGCCGCGACACCAUCACCCAACAAGGCUAAGCGACGUGCUGGAAGAGGACGAACGUAGUCGCACUUCGGCAAGCCGAGUCAGCCAGGCGUGA